AUGGGAAAUGAUGGCGGAUCCAUACCAAAGAGAAGGGAGCUUCUCCGAAUAAAUGAGUCAGAAGCUCAGGUCAAUCGUUCCAAGUUGUCCGUUAAAUUGGACUCGUGGUAUUAUUGUUCGAUUUCAGAGGAGCCACUGAGGUAUAGUGAGGGUACGAUUGUCUCGGACUACAGAGGUCGCCUAUACAACAAAGAAUCAGUACUAAAACACCUUAUAUCCAAGAAUAAGGAUCUACCUCAUUUGAAAUCGCUGAAAGAUUUAGUGGAAUUAAGGUUCUGUUUCAAGGAUGGCAAGAUUUCAUGUCCUAUUAAUAAAGACAUCAUCUUGGAUUUGGACGGAAAGAAUGAUAUACCCGCUUUUGUGUAUUUAGUUCCCUGUGGAUGUGUUGUUUCAGGAAAGAUUGCAAAAGAGAUUACAAAAUUGAAGAGCAAGCCAAUACUUUGCCCAGUUUGUAAUCAACCUUUCGAACAUACUAACGUGAUUCCUAUCAACCCUAGCAACACAACAGAUUUGGAAUCCAGGAUGGCCCGGCUACGACGGGAAGGACUGAGUCAUAAUUUGUCCAGGCGUCACAAGAAAUCUCGUCCUCAUGAAGGGUCCGGCGAGCCUGAUACCCCCAAGAAAAGAGUUAUGAAGGCAGAAAAAGAUGCGAAGCUGAUAUGCCUAAGCUAA